AUACCUUAUUUUUAUUGAUUUUUGUGAGUGAACUAUUUUGAUCUGGGUGUUAGUGUGCAGAAGAAUUUUUAGGUUUAUCCUCCUCGUGCAUGCCUAGGAGGACGACCGGCGAUUUACUGCCACUAGAUUCGGAGAUCGAGAAGACCUGCCGACAGAACAGGAAGCAGGUCAAGUUAGGGAAGCAGCCUACCACAUCCACAACUCCUAGGCCUUCCCUAACCCAUAGUCGUCGACAGAGAGGACAGGCUUCAUCACCUGUCAUCCCUACACCACCCACACCACCACUUCGCAUCAUCGAGCCUGUUAUCAUGGGAGAACAGGAUCGUUCGAUCAGGGCUCGCUUGAAUCGAAGGACUGGAGCCCGAGCUUCAUGUGUUGUCAUUCCGGCUGGGGAUGCAAACAUGGAGAUUACCCCAGCCUUCAUCAAUAUGAUCACUAAUGGGUACACCUUAUCCGGGGCUAGCAGUGAGGAUCCUCAUGAGCAUCUUCGCUGGUUCGCGAGCAUUUGUGAUACUAUGAAGAGCCCGACCGUGUCUGAUGAUGCAAUCCGUCUUCGGAUGUUCUCAUUUUCUCUGCUAGGGAAUGCAUCACACUGGUUCCAAAACUUAACACCCCGUUCCAUCACGACAUGGGGUCAGCUUGAGAAGGUAUUUCUGGAUAAAUACUUCCCACCUGCCUUGGCAAUGAAGAGGCAAGAAGAGAUUGUUACUUUUAAGCAGGCUGAUGAUGAGAGUCUGACUGAGGCAUGGGAGCGCUACAAGGGGCUGUUGAUGAGAUGCCCAAGCCAUGGUCUUGAAGAUUGGAACGUGAUCAUUAUUUUCUUCAAUGGAAUCAGAAGGGAGUUUCGGGAUGCCCUGAAUAAUGCUUCUCAAAAUGGUUUCACAAGCAUGGAGGCACCAGCAGCAUAUGAUCUGGUGGAGAAGAUUUGUUCAGAAGCCACUGAAUGGGGUAGUGAAACCGGUAUUCGAAGGAGAGGAGACUUGCAUCAGAUUGACAGAGUUGCAAGUUUAGAAGCAAAGAUUGAUGCUAAGUUGGAUUCCAAGUUCGAUGCACUCGAACGAAGGCUGGCCAAGAUUGCUUUGGGUAGACAAGAGGAGGUUGCUUCAUGUGAACUUUGUGAGGGUCCUCAUCAUAGGGAUAUGUGUCCGCUGGGAGCUGCUCAGUUGGAAGAUGUUCAGUAUAUCAAUAAUCCGCGAAGUCAAGGCCAGGGUGGUAUGUAUUCAAAUACAUAUAACCCUCAAUGGAGACAUCACCCCAAUAUGUCAUGGUCAAACAAUAAUCCAGCUGGUGUUCGAAACAUCCCACCUCCUGGUUUUCAACAACAGCAGCCUCAACCAGAGAAGAAGCCCCAGCUGGAGGAGUUGAUUUUGGCUCAUAUGCAGAAAAUAGAUAAUAAUUUCAAGGGCCUGGAUCAAUUUGUCACUCAACAGCUAGCCAUCAACAAUAAUUUACAAUCGUCUAUGCUAGCUAUGGAGAGGCAGAUGGGACAGAUGGCUCAAACUUUGGCAGAUAUGCAAGGCAGGAUUCCUGGGACAUAACCAUCAAAUACUGAGAGGAAUCCGAAGGAUGCCAUGGUUGUAGCAGUGGCAUUGAAGAGUGGAAAGGCCAUGGAAGACCCUAGCAGCUCGAAAAAGGCACCAGAGGCAGAAGAGGAAGCACCGGGAGAAAGAUCUUGUGCAGAAAAUGAAGAAUCAGCCUUGCA